AUGCAGGAAUCGACUGGAAGCCAUGCGGCAGCGGCAGCGUCUGCGUCCGAUUUGGAAUACUACAAGACAGGAACUUGGGAGCCAGAAGAACAUGAGCUCUUCUUGGAGGGUUACCAGAAGUAUGGCAGGAUGAAGGGGAGGUGGAAGAUGAUUUCCGCCCUGGUCGAAACAAGAAGUCCUAAUCAAGUCAGAUCGCAUGCCCAGAAGCAUUUCAUCAAGGUCCUACCGUCGCCGAACAAGAGGAAGAAAAGGAAAUACGUUCGACGAAUUGCUGCAAAAAAGCCACCAGCAGAGAAGAAACAAGUGUAUGAGCCUCGCUACGCAUCAUUCGCAGAAUCAAGGUCGCCCCCCGGAGAUCUGGCUGGGUUAACUCCACGUCCAGGACCAAAGUCACCGCCCGGGGAUCUUACCAAUGUCGAUACCCCCCUUGCAUAUUAUGUCGAUAAGCAGCCGCCUCCGCGAAUGCAACUACCGAUCCAUCUAUCCAAUUUGGGUGGGUCAACUAUGCCUUACCCCAGCGCAGCACCGAUGUCGCCGCCAGGGGAUCUGACCAAUGUCGAUAAGCCGACCCGAGUGCAAGUGGACCCUCCAGGCGAAUAUGCCCCAAAACAAACCGCCUUCGUGCCUUACAAUCCAAGAACAAUGCCGGUACCUACUAGCUGCCCCUCCAACACCGUGGAUCUAUACACCGAGGAAAGAUAA